AUCUACCACGACAAGUACAACGUUCCAUCUCUUGUGGGCACGGCAGGCAAGAGAAGACACUUGCUAUAAAUGAAUCUCAAAUCUAGACGGGCGGAGUGAUGGAUUUCACGAUGUGGGUUUUGAAUUCCCUCUUUCCUUCUUGAAUUCUCUCUUCCAAGCAGCUUCCUACACCAAAAAACGAUUCAAACUAGGUAGGUUUCAGCUAUCGAUUCAAGUUAUAUAUAUUCUGCUUUUCGACUUACUUGCAAUGCUGCUCUGUCUUCUAUUGAAUCAGAUCUAUGAUCUAGUUCACAUCAGCAGUUGAGAAUCCAGCAUCCGACGUUUACUGAGAAGGCAAGAACAGGCCAACUCCAUCCUUUCAUCUUUGUAGAAUAUUUGUAACGGUUGCAAGACCCAAUUGUGGUUUCCACCAAACGAUUUUUUUCUUUGAAGACCUUUGUAGCAUAGUGCAUAUUCCAAUGGCGAGUCCCACACUUCACCCUGAGACGAUGCACCAUACUCUGAAGCUCAAAGAAAUUGUUGUUGACUACUGUCCUGAUGUGUGCACUCACUCACCAGAAUCUGAUGAAAUUGUUGUUGUCUUUGAUGAGAGGGGUGGUGCUCGCUGGCGAUCCAAGACUCGCUUUCAGUUCGGCACCUUUAGUGCUCAAAUCCAGUGCCCUAAAGGCAACACCAGUGGCCUCAACUUCAACAUCUACCUAUCCUCUCUUGAAGGAGAUAAAACACAAGAUGAGAUUGAUUUUGAGUUCUUGGGCAAAGACAAAACCAUUGUUCAGACGAACUUUUUCAUGUCAGGGACGGGGAACCAAGAGAAGAUUCACAAAUUAGAGUUUGAUUGCUCUGAUGGAUUUCACAAUUAUGAGAUAAAAUGGACCAGAGAACUCAUAGAGUGGUCGAUCGAUGGAAAGCUUGUUAGGAGGGAAGAAAGGAAGGACAGAGAAGGGUUUCCUGAGAAACCCAUGUUCCUUUAUGCAUCAGUGUGGGAUGCUAGCUACAUUGAUGAAGGCUGUUGGACAGGGCCUUACUUCGGUUGCGAUGCACCAUAUGUUUGUCGGUACAAGGAUGUUCGAGUUCCUGCAAUAGCAAUGGAGGAGAAUUGAGGGAACUCACGGUCUGCUACCUUCAUUUGGUGAGUUGGCUGUCAAAUUUCUUUUUCUCCCAUUCAUUUAUCUGUACAACAGCUUUGUUCAAUGAGCUGAUUUCUUCUGUUUGGAAGAAGAUACUGUCACUCUUGGAAAAAAAAAAAGUUGUUUUCAAUAAUGCCCACAAGUGGUGAAUAAAAUUGCUGUCACUUUAUGCCA